AUGGGGGAGGCGGAGGUGGGCGGCGGCGGGGCGGCGGGCGACAAGGGCCCGGGGGAGGCGGCCACCAGCCCGGCCGAGGAGACGGUGGUGUGGAGCCCCGAGGUGGAGGUGUGCCUCUUCCACGCCAUGCUGGGCCACAAGCCCGUCGGCGUGAACCGCCACUUCCACAUGAUCUGCAUCAGGGACAAGUUCAGCCAGAACAUCGGCCGGCAGGUGCCCUCCAAGGUCAUCUGGGACCACCUGAGCACCAUGUACGACAUGCAGGCGCUGCACGAAUCCGAGAUCCUCCCAUUCCCGAAUCCAGAGAGGAACUUCGUCCUUCCAGAAGAAAUCAUCCAAGAAGUCCGAGAAGGCAAAGUCAUCAUCGAGGAGGAGAUGAAAGAGGAGAUGAAAGAAGACGUGGACCCCCACAACGGGGCUGAUGACGUUUUUCCAUCUUCAGGAAGUUUGGGGAAAGCUGCAGAAAAGUCCAGCAAAGACAAAGACAAGAACUCCUCAGAGCUGGGCGCCAAGGACGGGGCGGACAAGCGCAAGCGCAGCCGGGCCACCGACAAGGUGCUGACCGCCAACAGCAACCCCUCCAGCCCCAGCGCUGCUAAGCGGCGCCGGACGUAGGCGGCUGGCCGGGCAGGCAGGGCCACGCUGGCCCUCGGACUCCAGAGGCCUCCACGUGGCCCACGGCCCGGUGGACUCGCCCGUGUGGACACCGUGUGGCCGGGCUCCCGCACAUGCAGGGGCCAGGGCCUGGGUAGCUGGACUCCUCGGCAGCCGGCGGCAAGUGGGCACGACUGGGCCCGCCCUCCCGGCCUCCCCGGCCAUGCACAAGGCGCCACCGCUGCCCCUCCCUGCCCCUCGCGGGCAGCCGUGCUGCAACGAUGUAUAUAAUCCGGUUGGUGUUUCGAUAUUUAAUUUUUAAGAGACCUAUUUUACUAGCGUUUUAUAUGAAACAAAUCCUACAGCAGCUGAGCCCGUGUUGUCCUUUUCCU